AUGCACAGCACAAUACUUGCAGCAGUCCAGGGCAGGCGCACGCAGCAAUCAAGCAGCGCAUCGCAGCGCAUCAUCGCAGCAACGCUCGGCGGGCUUGGACUCACAGGCAGGCGGGCGCCGUCCUCGUCCUCCUCCGCCGCCUUCAUCGCCCAGCGAAGCCCCUUCCUCGUUCGACGGCAAGGGCACGCACGGCGCCGGGGUGGCGUGUGUUUGUCUGUCUCUCUCAAGAUUGCGUCUCACCGCUUGAGAUAUUGGAUAUUGGCCUUGGCUUCGUCUCGCCUGCUGUCGACCGGCUUCAGCUGCGGCUCAUUCCGUGGUGCGGAUGACGUUCUGGGAUGA